AUGGACCCCAACAUGAUGACAGCACAGAUGGGCCACUCGCCCUUCUUCUUUUAUACACCCGAGGCUAGGACCGAUAACAGGCAUCACGGGCGCUUUUCUCAGCAGCACCCCCAGCAACAUAUGGCCAUGGCCCAGCUCCCGGUGUACCCCAUGGUGCCGACACUACCUUCGACCCCCAUGUACUCUCGCCCAAACUCUUCAUGCUCUCAAGUGACGGCGCCGCCUCCUACCCUCUACAGCAACGGCCCAGGCGUCAUGACGCCCGUGGCAUCUCCGCAGCCUUCUCACCAGAAGCCAACUAUCCUGCUGGAGACGAACGGUAUGGACGACAACCUGUAUUUCCCCUCGACACCGCCUCUGUCUAGUGCCGGUAGCAGUGUCAGUUCGCCCAACACGUGCGACAUGCUGCAGACGCCCAUGAACCCAAUGUUCUCUGGACUGGACGGUCUCGAGGACCCCAAGGAGAUGCUUGAGCCUGUGGAGAGCGUAGCCCUGGACUGGUCCAGCUGCGGCUCUCCUCCGAUGACUCCUGCUCAGGCCCUGUCGCAAUCUCGCCCGCUCAAGGUCAGCUCGGCAAACUUUGCCCCAGCUUCAACGCAAAACCACCACCAACACCGUUGCAAGCGACCUCUGUCGUGCCCCUCUCUGUCGCCCUCGCCCUCGCCUUAUGCCAGGUCCGUCGCUUCUGGACAGGACGUUGACUUUUGCGACCCUCGCAACCUGACCGUUGGCACUGCCACCCUGACUGCGGCGACCUCCAACCCCACGCUGGCAGCCGAGUUUCCUGCCUUCCCUACGUCGUGCACUGCUAUUGCCCCCUCGGUCGCUGCGCCCAACUUUGACUUCAACCCUGCCACUCCCCACGGCCUUCCUUCAUUCGAGGACCUCUCCGAGUUGGAGUCGGACGACGACUUUGUCAACGACUUGGUGAACCUUGCCGGCACUGACGUUGCCUCCUCGCGGCCCCGUGCCUGCACAGGCUCCAGCGUCGUGACUCUUGGUCACGCUAGCUUCAUCGGCGACGACGAUUUCAGCUUUGACGACGACGCGUCUUUCAUCACUGGCGCCACCAGCCCAGUCAGCUGCCACUCUGACGCCGACUCUCACCAGGACAAGCGCCGCCGGGUCUCCGAGGAGGACUCCAUUCCUACCAUGGACGUUUCUGCCGACUCUGCCACGCAAGCCUCGAUUCAACCCCAGCCCGCUGCUGAGCCGACGCAGAGCACAGGCACUUCUGAGCGGAGGGAGUCUUCCAACUCGGAUGGUGAUGCCUCCCCGUCCGCCACCACGCCCCUGCCUGCUCCCACGAACCGACGCGGCCGCAAGCAGUCUCUGACCGAGGACCCCUCUAAGACGUUUGUGUGUGAGCUGUGCAACCGUCGGUUCCGCCGCCAGGAGCACCUGAAGCGUCACUACCGUUCUCUGCACACCGGAGACAAGCCCUUCGAAUGCCAAGACUGUGGCAAGAAGUUCUCCCGGAGUGACAACCUUGCCCAGCACGCCAGAACCCAUGGCAGCGGCGCCAUUGUUAUGGAUCUCAUCGAUGAUGGCGGUGUUCACUCCUUUGACAACAUGAUGAUUCCCCAAGCAGAGGACUAUCACCAUCUCGGAAAGGUCCUCUUCCAGGUGGCCGCUGAGGUGCCCGGCAGUGCUAGCGAGUUCUCGUCAUCGGACGGCGAAAGCGACCAAGGCAACAAGAAGCGCAAGCGAGCUGAGUAA